AUGUUUUGCUCCGGAGACCGUGAGAAGGCUGCUGCCAUGGAGGAGAAGUGGGAUUAUGUGAACCUCGAUGACUUCAAGUCCGAGUCAUGCUGGACUCCCUUCUCAUACUUCUUCCUAUGGGUCUUCCUGAUUAUCUCUCUCGCCGUCUAUGGUGUCGAUGUCUUCACUGCAGUCAACCUGCUCGCCUUCUCGCGAUGGGCUGGCCGAGUUCAACCUGCUAUUCCAUUCUACAUCUCGCGAUGGAUCUUUGCCGCGUGUAUUAUCGCGUCGUUCGUGAUCUUGGUCUACCGAUGGAUUCAUGCCGUUCGAGCUAUGCGCUCCGGUAGUAUCACUCGCAGCUUCCUUGAUCCGCUUGCCGUUCGUAUCCAGAGUUUCCGGCUUGGCAAAAAAGGGCGUGGUUGGAGAAGAUUCCUUGUCUUUGCGGAAUUGACCAAGGACAGAAAGGCGGCUGAAUAUGUUGCUCUUUAUGCACACUUUUCUUUCCAAUUCUGGAUGAACACCAUCUUUGCAGAUGGUCCCCGUCAAGUCAUCAAUGCGAUCACACUCUACUCGGUCAUGCAGAUGGAUCUGCUCCCUGGGGGCAAGAAUGCAGCAAAGGAUGAUGGCAGCUCUGGAGCUUCGCAAUUCUUCAACAACGUCAAGAUUCUAGCUGAGGACAAUAACCUUCAGGCUGUGGUUCUGUUUGGUAUGCUCUUCACACUGGUCAUCUGGGUGCUCUCCGUCUUGAAGUUGAUCUCGGCGAUCGUACUCUACCUGAUCUUCCUGUUCCAUCAUAUCCCUGCCGAGGACGGUACUCUUUCCAGAUACUGCCGUCGUAAGGUUGGACAGCGUCUGAAGCGCAUUGUCCAUCGCAAGAACAACAAAGCAUUGGCAAAGGGUCUCAAAUUGCAGAAUCGGACCCCCACUCAGCCCAGUCUGGUGAGCUCCGAUUCGAAGCCGACACUGCCGUCUAUCGCAGGCGACAAGAUGCCGGUGCCCUCUGUGUCUAGUCUGUCGCGCAGCACCACUGCAACAACGCUGCCGCCUUACACCCGAUCAAACUCGGCAGCACAUCAAGAACAGAACCCAACACUGCCAAAUCUGGACUUUGACACCAAGCCACCCCUUGUCCGAACGACAACACAGUCUUCGAUGAUGUCGGAAUCCGCUUCCCUGACAGGCAACGCGGCCACAAUGGGCUACAGCCCCCUCGACCGACAGAGUUCACCAGCGCCCCCUGUUCCGCCAUUGCCAGCGGAUGUCCCACCAAGACUGAACACAUCCCACCCUCGUCCAUACCAGCAGACAUACACCCCGGCCCCAGACUACACCUCACCGGACACCACCCACGCAGACGACUACUUCCACCGCUCGCACACACCGCAUACACCGCACACACCACACACGCCACACACACAAGCGUAUUCCCACUACGACCCCUACGGCCCUUCACGAGAUAUCUACGCCGAAGACAGCUCCGAAGCGCACGAGCAUGAGUCACCCUACUAUGCUCAGGAUCCCUACUCCACACGAUCUUACACACCAGCCAGCACGGGCUCAACACCCGCGCCAUACGGACGAUCCAUGACACCAGCAACCUACCGUCCAACACCACCGCCGCAGAUCCAACCCCCCAUCCAGCCUCCACUACGGGCGUUCACACCGAUGAGCUCUGCAACUCCCGCCCCCCAGAACGGCGGCUACGCAGCAUUUAACCCGCCACUGCCAAGCCAACCCCCGACACACCCACCCCAGCAGCAUCGCGGGCAGGGGACUCCCGCGCUAGCCGGGUUCAAUUUCAAUCGGGCGAAUACGGCCUCGCCUUCUGCUAUGCACCGGGCCCCGCCUGGACAUUCCUUUAACCGGUCGAAUACACAUCAGUAUUAG